AUGAAAAUAAUCUUUCUUUUCUUUUUAGGUUGUUGUUUGGCAAGUGUUUGGACACCUUUCCAAAAGAAAAGUAGUUGUAAAGCGAAUUUUUGCACUGAAAAUGACUGGUCAUUUGAAGGAGAAAUAGUUGGAUUUGCAGAUUAUGAUGAUGAUAGACAAAUAGAAAUUAUUGUACUCAGCUCAGAUAAGAAAUCAAUUAAGUUAAUGAAAGAAAAUAAUUCUGGUAAAACAAUUAAAUAUGAAGAAUUUAAAACAUUAUUGACAUUUAAUGAGACUAUUAUAAAUGUCAUUGCUGGUGAUUUUUUGUUUAAUGGAGAAACAUCACUUGUUGUUCAAACGUUCAAGAAUAAUAUAUACCCAACAUAUCUUUGUUAUCAUGUUAAUGACAAGUUGGUAUGUGCUCAACCAAUUUCAUUAUAUGGAGAAGCUACUGCUUUUGAUGUUAAUGGAGAUAAUUACAUUGAUCUUAUUAGUUUAAAUUCUAAAAAAACCACCAGUGUUUGGCUGAAUAAAGGAGACAAAAGCUUUAAAGAAAGUCAUGAAUAUAUAUUCCCAACAUAUGAUGCUACAUUCCCAAUUACUAUGGCAGACAUUAAUGGGGAUUGUCGUUCUGAUUUAUUGUUUGUUGUUAACAAUAAAGGAAACCAUGAAAUUCAAAUUUAUACUUCACAAACUACUAAAGACUCAGGAGAUUAUAAAGUAUUGAAUUAUUCAUUAAGUAGAACUGUUAAAAUAAAUGGCACUAUUGACAAUAUUUUAGUCAAUGACUUUGACAGAGAUGGAAAUAUUGAUUUACUUUGGUCAAUGAAAAAUAUAAUUCAUAUCCAAUACAAUAAACAAAAAACUGUAUGCAAGUCUUUUGUAAAAUCUGAUUCAUCAUGCAGGUCACAGAAUGAAAUGUGUGUUGCUGAUGAAGACUAUCAAUUUGAAGAUGGAAAUUCUAUUGAGUAUAUUCUACCAAAUGGAAUUGAAUUAGUUAUCGAAAAUGGAUUAAGUUUUAUUUCAAUGGGAGAUUAUAACAUUGAUUCAUAUCCAGAUUUAUUGGUAUUAGUUCAAAACACUACUAAAACUCAUUAUAUGAUGCUUCUAAAGAAUGACAAUGGAAAAACUAUAACUGAAGAAGAAUCAGAAAAAGAAACAAUUAAACAAACUAGUUUAGGUGCUAUGUCAGGUGUUUUCUUUGAUGGAGAUAAUAAAGGUAUGUUGGAUUUAUUCUUUAAUAUUAAAGAUGAAAGUAAUGGAACGUCUAUAAGAAAAGUAAAGGCAAUUAGUAAUAAUUUAAAACCAGAUGCAUUAUUUGUUAAAAUUGUAGGAUUAAAUGGAGUUUGUGUUUCAAGCUGUGGGAGUGGGUAUCAAACAAUCUCUCCAAAACCAUAUGGAUCCAAUUAUUUUGGUGGAAUGUUCAAAUUAGCAUUAACAAAUACUGAUGGUAAUAAUGUUGGAUUAGCGUCUGUUCAAAUUUCACAAACAACACAUGGAUCAAUUCAAUUCCCUUAUUCUCAUAUUGGAUUAGGAAGAAUUUCAAAUUAUAUUCAAGUUGUAGAAUUUGGAAGUAAUAUGAACGUGUCUGUCAUUCAUCAACAAUUCCAAUCCAUUAUUCCAAAUUCUCAAUUAGUAGUUAUUCCACAUCCACCACUAAAAUCAUCAAAAUGGUCAAUAGAAUUGUAUUUCUUAGACUUAAAUUUAAUGUUCUGGAUUGCUAUUAGUAUGACUAUUGCAUUAAUCAUUUUAGGUAUCAUAAUGUUAGUGUUAUUUAUAAGAGAUAAAAAGAAAGAAGCUGAGAGUCACUUCUUGAAUAUGAAAUGA